AUGUUGGAAUCUAAAAUUUAGAAACAAAUAAAUAAAUAAAUUUGUGAACUACAUCAUAAAAAUAAUUUUAUAGAAGAAGUUAAAAUAUUGAAUUAUUAAGGGGUAAUAGUUUAAAAGGAAUUAUAACUAGUAGUGGAAUAAAAAAUUCAAUUGAAUAUUGGUCUAAAGGAAGGUAGAAUAAAUAAUUUUUAAUAAUUAUAUUAUAAAUUACUAACUCUUAGAAAUAGGAUAAAAAAACUACUUAAACUUAGUAAAAAUAUGAAAAUUUAUAGAAAUAAUAAUUUGAAUAACAUUUUUUCAUUAAGAAUCAGUUUACUACUUUCAUAUUUAACUUAAAAUUUAAGAGAAUAAUAUGAAACCUAUUGUAAAAUCAAUGAAUUAAUUUAAAUUGAAGCCUAUCAAGAUGAUGAUUAUUUUACAAAUAUCUCUUUUACAACUAAUAAUGCGAUUUCUUUAAUCGCCAAUUUCAAGAAUAAUGGUUAAAUAACAUAGAAAGUAACUGAAAAAUAGAAAGCUUUCUUUGAAUUAGAUGAUAAUUUUAUUUUGACAAAUAUUUCUUAACUUCUUCAUCCAUCUUUUAGAUCUUGUCAUAAUUAAUUAAUGAAUUCUUAUUUGAAUAAAGGUAAAUCUAAAUUUAUUGGUAAAUAAAUUGAUACUACAAUAAGUCCUUUAAAAAAUUAUUUGAUUUAGAUAAAAUUAAUUUUAUAGCCAUAUUUUCCAAGUCAAAAAUUGAAUCAACUUUAAUUAAUAGCUUAUAUCUGCAAAAAUGAAAUAGGUAAUCAUGCAAUUUUGCAUUUAGAUUUAUCCUAUAGCAUUAUGGCUGUGAAUAAAAUAUUUUAAAGAUUUCUUGAUUAAUAUCAACUCACUAUUCAUAAAAUUAAUUUAUUUUAGAUGAUACCUACACUAAAGGAAAAUUUAAUGAAAUUUCAUUCUAUAAAUAAUGAAAAUAAAUAACUUUAUGUUUAAAAUUAAAUAAUUUAGAUAUAAAACACAUAUUCAAAUAUAACUAAUAAUCAACAUCAAAAUCUUAAUGUAUAAAAAUUGUUUAAUAAAAAUGAAUAAUUGAAAUAAUUAAAUAAUUUAACAUCACAAUCAUAUCAUUCUGUUGCAAUUGACGAUACUAAGUAAAUUGAUUAUGAGUUAUCUAUGUGUGCUAUUUAAUAUGAUUAUGAAGAAGAGAAAGAGUAUUAUAUUUAUUACAAGUUAGUGAUAGAUUUAACAUAAUUUAAUUAAGAACACAAUGUAAAUUAAGCAUGUUUAAUAGAUCAAGAUAUAAAUGAAAGAAGAGAAAAAAUAUAAAAGUAUUUAUUAACCAUAUUUUUAGAAAGAGUAAUUCAUUAUCCAAAGAAAAACAAGAUAUUUUAAGAUCGUUACAUUCUAAAACAAGCACAAUGAGUGCAAUAAAAUAAGGCGAUGAACUUUUACAAUAAAUUUCAUCAUCUUAAUUUCCUUCAUGCAUUACAAAUUUCUUAUUAGUAUCAACAUUAAAUUUGCUUAUUUCUAGUGCUUCUAUGAUUGUUAUUUAUUUUUUGUUAAUAUUAAAAAGGAAUGAAUAAGAUGUAUGCUUUAAUAGAUUAUAUUAUGGGACAGAAUUUCUUGAUUAUUAUGGACUUAUUUUGAAAGGAAGCAGACAUACAGUUUUUUACAGAGAUUUUCAUAAAUUUUUAAAGGAUGAAUAAAGCAUAGACUUUUUUUAAGAAGUAGCACUUAUAACAAUUAGCGAUAAAAUCACAUUCUCAUUGAAUCUUUACCAAAAAAAUUGUUAAUAACUUAUUAGACUUUAUGAAAAUUAUAAAACAUAUUUAGAUAGUUAUUAAGAGUAAAAGAAAAUUAAUUUCAAGUAUGUCGAUUAUUUUAUAUCAAAGAUAUAAAUAUAAUAAGUUGAAACUUAAGCCAAAUAUUAUGAAAUAAUGAAUUAAUUGUUCUAUUUGGCAAUUAAAACAUUUGGUGGAGAUGCAUCAAUAUAUCUAUCUGGAUCUUAGGAUACAUUUCCUUAGAUAAAUACAAGAUCAAUUCUAUUUUUGAAUUUUAAUGAUGUCUGCGAUCUUACUGCUCAAUUUAUAGAAUCUUGUUUAUAAAAUAGUAAGGAUUACAAUAAUUAUUUUGACAAUUAAGUUUAAGUAAUCUUUAUUAUUAUUUAUACUGUUCUUUUUUUCAUAUUCAUCUUAUUACUUUAUUUAUUAAAGAAUAUUUAGAGGAAGUUGAGAUAGAUUUUAUAGAUUUAUCUAAGAUUAGAUAAUAGAGACAUUGAUUCUGAUAAUGAUAUAUUGGAAUAUAUAAACUAAAAUAUAAAAAUAGAAGAAUUUUGGUAUAAUACUAAAUUUUUCAAUAAUUUUUAUGAGAAAUCUUAAGAAACUUAAUUUCCAUAAGAAUCUAAUUAGAAAACAUUAAAUUUAAAAUUAGAUGGUAAAUUUAUUUUAGAAUAUUAUUAUAUAAUACAGAUAUUUAUUUUUGGAUUUAUCCUAAUUUUUUUAUUAACAUUUUAGUUACAAUAUAAUAAUUAUUCAGGUGAAAUUAAUCCAAUUGUGAACUAAGCUUUGAGUGCUGUUUAAAUAAGACUUAAUUUUAUUGAAUUAAUAAAUAAUUGGGAUGUUUAUAAUCACAAAAGGUUCUAUUAAUAAUUUUAUAAUAAUGAAAGAGAUAAUGUGAACAUGAACUAAAAUAUAAAAAGUGAUAAUUCUAUUUUUUCUUUAAUAGAAAUAAAUAGUACUGAAUUGAAUAGUAAUAUAUUUUUAGCAUCAAAAGAGCCCUUUACUAGUAUAGUUGAGAAUCUAGAUAAUUAAUAGUAGGAAAGUCUUUUAAUGAAGGAUAUAUGUAUAUUUUUGAAUUGUUCAAUGAAUAAUGAGAUAUUUGAAAAUAGAAGGUUGUCUGAAUAUUUGGUAAAUUAUUUUUCUGUCGGAUUAAUUUAACUUUAUUAAUAAACUAUUUCAGUAGUGAGGAGUUUGGGAUUGAUAAAUACAAAUUAAAUGAAUAGUUUUUUUUUAGAUUAAAUUUAUUCAAAAGAAUACUUUAUAUAUAUAUUUUGGGGUUUAGAUGCUACUAAUUAUUAAUUGAAAUUAUUUUCUGAUUUUUUAAUAUCAAUGGCAAAAGAGAAGCUCAAUAAAGAAACGGAUUUAAUAAUAAAAAUGCUUAUAGGAAUAGGAAUAAUGAUUUAAUAGAUAAUCUUAAUUUUGACAUGUAGUAUAGUAUAUUUUGUAAUUAAUAAUAAUAAAAAUAUAAAGUUUUGUUUAAGAUUUAUUCCUUUGAAGACAUUAAUGAAUAAGAAUAUAAUGAAAUAGAUAAAAUUGAUUAUUUGA